UGAAGAAUACAAAAGAAAUAACAAAUGGCAGCGGAUAAAGAUCUUCCACCCUCAGCAAUGGCUAUGGCUAUGGCUAUGGCUAUGGCGAUGUGAUCAUUUCUUCCUCUCUCAAUUCAAUUCCCCCAAUUCCAAAUACUAUCAUUUUUUACAUCUAAUCUAACCCCCCAAUUCCCUUCUGGAUGAUCCCAAUUCUGCAAUCCCUUCGAAAUUAGGGUUUUUGGAAAUGAACAAAAACGACGACGAUGCAUUGCAACUAGCCAUCUACAGGUCGCCCCCGCCCUUCACCGGCGGUUGCCUGGAGAUACGCUUGUUCUACGUCCGCAUCGCGCCUUGUACCGUCGACGCCAUCCCCGACCACCUCACCCUGCGCCAUCUCCGCCGCGAAUUGGGGGUGUUCCUCGAACUUAAUGGCGUCCGUACCCCAUCGUCCGACGUCGUCCUCAUCGCCCUCCGCCGCGAUCGCGUCGAUAAGGAUUCCUCCGAGGUCACCUACGUCUCCACCGAUAGCGUCAAAAUCUCCGGUCCUGUGGAGUUCGAGGUGUGCGAGGAGGAAGAGGAGGGUAAGGAUUCGGAUCUGAUACUCUGCGGCUCGGUGCAUAGAGCCGACGCCGCAACUGGAUGGAGCAAUGGCAGUUCCUUGGAGACUGAAUCGCGAAGCGGUUGGAGUAUGGAUUGCUACACGGCCACCAACGCUAGGUCGACCUUCUUCCAGCCCAAAAUUGGGAUCGGUUCGCCUUCAAUCGAGGUUUACAUCGCCGGAUGUUGCUCCGGAGCGCCGAUUAUUUUGACCAAAACUGUUUUGGUUAGUCCGAGGAGGAAGAUACUGAGGCCAGGAAUGCUCGAUGCAAUACCAGAGGAUGAGGAAAUGGGGAAGGAACCGGCUGCUGCUGCUUCCACCAAUGGAUUAAUUCGACAGCGGAAAUUGCAGUUUCUCUUUCUGCAGUUAAUGGAAGCAGACACUGAUUCAGAAGACUAUGAAUCCGACGGCAAAGCUGUGAUGCACGGUGGCUAUUAUCACGAUGAAAUGUACCCCGGGGAAGACGGCCAGCUGUCAUGGUUCAACGCGGGUGUGCGCGUUGGUGUAGGAAUAGGCCUGGGAAUGUGCCUUGGGGUUGGAAUUGGCGUCGGUUUGCUGAUGCGAUCGUAUCAGGCGACGACGAGAAGUUUCAGGAGGAGGCAAUACUACGGCGCGCCAUUGACGGGGAAUGAAUAUACAGUGGGGAUUUGCGGAUCGACUGUCGAGGCAAGAUAAUCUGUUCCUAUUUCUUGUUCUUAAUACGUAAAUAUGCAUAUGUUCUGAAGGUCCCCUGUUUUUUUCUUUUUCUUCUUCUGUCUCUUUUGGUGAUUGUUUUGGUUUUGAGGUUGCCAAUUUUGUUCGACUUUGAUUGUCUGAAAAUAAGCGGCCGUUGUGGCUGUACCGGUGUUGCGUAUAUAUGUUAUGUGUGUAUAUCUUUCGGGACCGUGUUCUUUUGGAAUUGUUGAGAUUUUUUAAGAGGGGUUUCUUGUGCCUACAACUAAA